AUGUCUUUUCUCUGGUUGGUCGUUCCCAUACUGGUCGGACUCACAAUCGCACGGGAUCCAUUGGUCGAUUUCUGUCGGUUGCAUAGUCACCGGACAGCAGUUGUUGACCGUAAGCUCUAUGUCGACGCUGGCUUUGUCAACUGGGCACCGAUCAAAGCAGAUCCUGCCAAUCAGACUAACACUUGGCUUAGAGUGGCUGAUUUCGGCACAUCUCGCUUGGGUUUCCCAAACCAAACCACGCUCGAGAAGAACGCAGCUGCACCUUCAGUCAGUGGCGGGAUCUUAUGGCCGGAUACUGUCAAUAAGAUCAUCUAUGCAUACGGCGGUGAGCACGAGAACAGUGAUACGGCAGACAAGAGGCUUUGGUUCUAUGACAUACUGUACGACACGUGGAAUGUUUCCAUCACAAACAGUAUUACAAGCAUCAGUCCGGCCGCAUGGGGUGCUGGCACGAUAGCCUCGAAUAAGGCCUUGGGCUACUACUACGGCGGCUGGCCCACGAGUUCCACUAAUUCUGACGACAGUAGCACUAAAGCUCUUUCUACAAUGGUCGUCUACAACAUGCUUGAGAACAAGUUCAGCACACAGUUGGGCCCUGAUCAGAUUGGUCGCGCCGAGGGUGUGAUGCUGUACGUACCCGCUGGUGAUGCUGGGGUUCUCAUUUACUUCGGAGGUAUACAAGUCAUCAACGGCACACAUCAGCCACUUCCAAUGUCGGAUAUCUUUAUAUACGAUAUUGCCAACGCCAGGUGGUACAGGCAGACGACAAGCGGUGCUGAGCUGCCCGGGAGCCGAAGACGAGCCUGUGCUGGAGUAGUGUGGGCAGAAGAUCGUUCGUCUUACAAUAUCUACCUUUAUGGCGGUGCUUCUGUCGGGGAAGGCGAAGGCUACGGUGAUGUUUGGGUUUUGAGCCUACCGUCAUUCACUUGGAUCAAAUCUGUCCCGACAGCGGAAGACAUCGUAGUAACGACUCCACGCCACUCGCUUACCUGCGACGUCUACGAGAACUCGCAGAUGGUCAUCGUGGGCGGCCAUCUUACGAAAAGCACCGACUGCGACGUCCCUUGGAUAUAUGGACAACACAGUCUGUAUCUGGGCAGAUCCAAUAUCGAUGGCCUGAAACGGGCAGCUUUCAACGCCAGCCUGAGCACAUACGAUGUCCCGCAAGAAGUCACCGAUGUCAUCGGUGGUGACUCAGCUGGCCACGCAACAGUCACUGCCCCCAAAGACGGUUGGGAGAGUGAAGAUUCAGGUGUCGUGUUCGGGCAAAAAUACACGCCCGUCCCCAGAAGUCCAACUCGACCGAUCAUCACGCCAGCUGCCAAAAGCUCCAAUCCAAAAGAAAUAUCCAUCCUCGGACCCGCCGUCGGAGGAACCAUAGGCGGCGUAUUCCUCAUUGCUGCAAUCGGAUACUAUCUCAUCUUGAUACGCCGAAGACGACGACGUGAACAUAGCACGACACCCCCAGAAUCGCACUACCACAUCUCGCAGUCAAGUCCGCAUGUCGAGCUCCCUGGCGCACUCGCCCGCAGUUACUCGUCAACAUCGCUCCACUCUCGCGAGCCAAACAGCCUACCAUACACGCCACACUACACCUACCCACCGCACGGCGCAGCAGGAAGCUGGGCAAACGCCGGCCGCCACGACACGCACACUCUGCAUGCAUGGGGCCUGAGCGAGCUGGGCGACGAAAAGCAACAGCGCUUGCUCGUGCCUGCACAUGAGCUAUCUGGCGUUCGCAGCCCAAGACAGUCGGUCAGACAUUCCAAGUUCAAGGAGGAGGACUUCGCUGGCAAUUAG